GGCAGACGGCAGAGACGGAUGGGUAGAGCGGCCGCCUUCGUCUGCGCGAGGCCUCUCUGCGCAACUCAGGCUUUAGGGCUCUGUGGUUUAGCUGCGGCGGUUGGUCGGCUGGGAGAAGCCUGGCAAGCGGAGUUGUUAUGGCGGGCAAGGAAGAGGCCGGGGACGCGGAGAAGUCUUUUAAGCUACUGGGAAUACUUGACGUCAGAAAUGUCCCUUGUGCUCGAGAAUCAGUGCUCUAUGGCUCAUUGGGUGGUCUAACUGUGGGUCUUGGACACUUUUUGGCAACUAGCAGAGUGAGACGAUCCUGUGACUUUGGAGUGGGAGGUUUUAUCCUGUCAACAUUAGGAUGUUGGGUCUAUUGUAGAUACAAUAAUGCAAAACUAAGGAUUCAGCAACGAAUGGUUCAAGAAGGGAUGAAAAAGAAAAUUUUGUAUGAAAGCACCCAGUUUGAUCCAGAGAAAGAGAGAAGUGAAGAAAGCCGUUCUUGAAACACUUGGUUGUGAACAAUAUGAGCCAUAGCUCAUUUGCCGAGCAUUAGGAAACAGUUCAAUUGACUGCCCUAAAACUCCAGAUUGUAUUUUUCAUGUAUUCUCACAUUCAAAUCAAGGGUGAAGCAUAUGUAAUCUGAUUUACUUUCCUUGGGGAAGCGGCAGUGGAUGACACUUGAU